GAAGGACGAAAGGGAAAAAAAAGGUGAGGAAGGCCAAAAACCCGAGCAGCCCAGCAGCCCGAGCAUUGGGGAAGAGCGGCCUGAGCCCCGACCAAGUUGCCUCAGGAGCCCUAAUCCUCUCCCUUGGGCUCGCAAACCGGUCAGUGGCGCACGGCGACGGCGAGGCUGAAAUAUGAUAAUCAGAACAGCUGCGCCGCGCGCCCCGCAGCCAAUGGGCGAAGCGCUCGCCUGACGUCCCCGCGCUCUGCGUCAGACCAAUGGCGAUGGAGCUGAGUUGGAGCAGAGAAGUUUGAGUAAGAGAUAAGGAAGAGAGGUGCCCGAGCCGCGCCGAGUCCGCCGAUGCCGCAGCGCCUCUGCUCCGCCAACUCCGCCGGCUUAAAUUGGACUCCCUGAUCCGCGAGGGCGCGGCGCAGCCGGGCAGCGGCUCUCUCAGCCUUGGCAACCCCCGGGGCCACUAUUUCCCACUUAGCCACAGCUCCAGUCUCCUUUCUGUGGGCUGUUCACCAACAGUACAACCACCAUUUCACUGUGGACAUUACUCCCUCUUACAGAUAUGGGAGACAUGGGAGAUCCACCAAAAAAAAAACGUCUGAUUUCCCUAUGUGUUGGUUGCGGCAAUCAAAUUCACGAUCAGUAUAUUCUGAGGGUUUCUCCGGAUUUGGAAUGGCAUGCGGCAUGUUUGAAAUGUGCGGAGUGUAAUCAGUAUUUGGACGAGAGCUGUACGUGCUUUGUUAGGGAUGGGAAAACCUACUGUAAAAGAGAUUAUAUCAGGUUGUACGGGAUCAAAUGCGCCAAGUGCAGCAUCGGCUUCAGCAAGAACGACUUCGUGAUGCGCGCCCGCUCCAAGGUGUACCACAUCGAGUGUUUCCGCUGCGUGGCCUGCAGCCGCCAGCUCAUUCCUGGGGACGAGUUCGCGCUGCGGGAGGACGGGCUCUUCUGCCGCGCGGACCACGACGUGGUGGAGAGGGCCAGCCUGGGCGCCGGUGACCCGCUCAGCCCCCUGCACCCGGCGCGGCCGCUGCAAAUGGCAGCCGAGCCCAUCUCCGCGAGGCAGCCGGCCCUGCGUCCCCACGUCCACAAGCAACCGGAGAAGACCACCCGCGUGCGGACUGUGCUGAAUGAGAAGCAGUUGCACACCUUGCGGACCUGCUACGCCGCGAAUCCCCGGCCCGACGCGCUGAUGAAGGAGCAACUGGUGGAGAUGACGGGCCUCAGCCCCCGCGUGAUCCGGGUCUGGUUUCAAAACAAGCGGUGCAAGGACAAGAAGCGGAGCAUCAUGAUGAAGCAGCUCCAGCAGCAGCAACCUAAUGACAAAACUAAUAUCCAGGGGAUGACAGGAACUCCCAUGGUGGCUGCCAGUCCAGAGAGACAUGAUGGUGGCUUACAGGCUAACCCAGUGGAGGUGCAAAGUUACCAGCCACCUUGGAAAGUACUGAGUGACUUCGCCUUGCAGAGUGACAUAGAUCAGCCGGCUUUUCAGCAACUGGUCAAUUUUUCAGAAGGAGGACCGGGCUCUAAUUCCACUGGCAGUGAAGUGGCGUCGAUGUCCUCCCAGCUCCCAGAUACACCUAACAGCAUGGUAGCCAGUCCUAUUGAGGCAUGAGGAACAUUCAUUUAUAUGUAUUUUUUCCCUGUUGGAGAAAGUGGGAAAUUAUAAUGUUGAACUCCGAAACAAAAGUAUUUAACGACCCAGUCACUGAAAACUGAAUCCAGAAAUGAAUGCUCCAUGAAAUGCACGAAGUCCGUUUUGAUGACAAGGUGAUAUGGUAGCAACACUGUGAAGACAAUCAUGGGAUUUUACUAGAAUUAAAACAAACAGCAAACAAAACCCAACACCCAACAUACGCUAUCCAAUGAUCUUAGGAGUACUGAAAAAAAGACGUUUUUAAAACGUAGAGGAUUUAUAUUCAAGGAUCUCAAAAAAAAAAGCAUUUUCAUUUCACUGCACAUCUAGAGAAAAGCAGAAAUAGAGAUUUUUCUAGUCCAUCCUAAUCUGAAUGGUGCUGUUUCUAUAUUGGUCAUUGCCUUGCCAAAUAGGAGCUCCAGCAAAUGAGCAGGAAGAGAGACUUGGCCUCCUUGGCUGAAAGAGUCUUUUCAAGAAGGUGGAGCUACAUUGGUUUGCGAUGUUUUUAGUUGACUUUAACAAGGGGUUAAUUGAAAUCCUGGGUCUCUUAGCAUGUCCUGUAGCUGCUUUCUUUUUUACUUUUGACUCUCUCCCUCUUUUUUUUUUUUUUUUUGAGAUCCAUCCUCUAUCAAGAAGUCUGAAGCGACUUUAAAGGUUUUUGAAUUCAGAUUUAAAAACCAAUUUAUAAAGCAUUGCAACAAGGUUACCUCUAUUUUGCCACAAGCGUCUCGGGAUUGUGUUUGACUUGUGUCUGUCCAAGAACUUUUCCCCCAAAGAUGUGUAUAGUUAUUGGUUAAAAUGACUGUUUUCUCUCUGGAAAUAAAGAGGAAAAAAAGGAAACUUUUUUUUUUGUUUGCUCUUGCAUUGCAAAAAUUAUAAAGUAAUUUAUUAUUUAUUGUCGGAAGACUUGCCACUUUUCAUGUCAUUUGACAUUAUUUUUUGUUUGCUGAAGUAAAAAAAAAAAAGAUAAAGGUUGUACCGUGGUCUUUGAAUUAUAUGUCUAAUUAUAUGUGUUUUGUCUUUUUUCUUAAAUACUAUGUGAAAUCAAAGCGCCAUAUGUAGAAUUAUAUCUUCAGGAGUAUUUCACUAAUAAACGUUUGGCCUAGAUAAAUAAAU